CUCGCGAGACUUGGCGACGCUCCUUCCCGCUCCCCUUUCCGGCGAUGGCGGCGCGCUAGGCCACGAUGCACUCCGACGACGUUGUGUGGGACACGCUGGGCAACAGGCAGUUCUGCUCCUACAAGAUAACGACAAAAACCCAGAAUUUUUGCCGCAAUGAGUAUAACCUGACGGGCCUGUGCAACCGUUCCUCCUGCCCGCUGGCAAACAGCCAGUACGCGACCAUCAGGGAGGAGAAAGGGCGGUGUUACCUGUACAUGAAGACGAUAGAGCGGGCGGCUUUUCCCCGUCGGCUCUGGGAGCGGGUCCUGCUAAGCAAGAACUAUGAGAAAGCACUGGAAGAGAUCGACGAGAACCUCAUCUACUGGCCGCGGUUCAUCCGACACAAAUGCAAGCAGCGCUUUACUAAGAUCACGCAGUACCUGAUCCGCAUCCGGAAGCUGACGCUCAAGCGACAGAGGAAGCUCGUUCCUUUACGCCGCAAGAUUGAAAGGCGAGAGAAGAGAAGAGAGGAGAAAGCCCUGAUUGCCGCUCAGCUGGAUAACGCCAUUGAGAAGGAAUUACUGGAAAGGCUGAAGCAGGAUACGUAUGGAGACAUUUACAACUUCCCCAUUCACGCCUUUGACAAAGCUCUGCAACAGCAAGAUGCAGAAAGCGAGAGCGAGUCCGAUGCAGAGAAGGAAGAAGAAGAUGACGAGGACAUGGAUAAAAGAGAGUUUGUGGAAGCAGAUGACAGUGACUUCAGUGACUUUGAGGACAUGGAUAAGUUGGAGACAAGUAGUGAAGAGGAGGAGGAAGAAGAAGUAGAGAAGAAAGCUGCUCUCUCCAAAUCUAAAGGGAAAACUCCCCUGAAAGGACCAGCCAGAAGAAAACGUCCCUAUAUUGAAAUAGAGUAUGAAGAAGAGACAGAGCCAACCACCAAAACAAAAGCAACCUAACUCCUUCCUGAACCUGCGUUUUGUACCGAAUGACAGGACUCCAGCUCUGUCACCAGAACUCCUUCCAGCUUUCGCCGCUCUGUGAAGGACCCUCAAAAAUUACUCUGUUUUCAGUAUUCUAAUUAAUAAUUUUCAACCCCAGGCAAUUGCAGCACGUUUGUACAACUCCUGCAUGAAGCACAGUUAGGAGGAAGACAACUCCUGCCUUGUCUGCAGCCACACAAGGCUCAGCUCGGACUGUGCUCCUGGAAGGAGCCUGGACUGGGGGCACUGCUGCUUUGUUCUAAAGCUGGAAAAGCCCACACGUGGCUAGGCGAGCACACAAGUGGAUCUUGUUUGGGGGAGGUACAGGGCUAACAGGGGUGGGAUGAGACAGACAGUAAUUUUAAAUAAAUAAAACAAUUUUACUGUA